AUGCCUGUGGAUUGGAACUCUGUGGCUCCUCUUCACGCUUUAGUUAGCAUUCUCGGAAUGAAGAAAAGUACAGAAAAGCCCCCACAGGUAGAGAGGUUCGAGCGAGGAAUCUGGAAGAUUUGUAUGGUCAGGAACCCCACCGGCCGGCAGAGUGUCCUGCAAAACUGGAAGGACGUAAUAGCAGCCAUGCCAUUGUUGAAGCGACUCAUUCUCGAAGUAUACGCUUUGGAUCCGUUGCUAACCAUCGUAUACGUGUUGGGAAGAGUGCUUUCUGCUAUCGAGACCGCAAUUCCACUUUAUUUAUCGAGCCGUCUUUUGAAGAUUAUCGAGGAUGGCUUGCGCAAAGGAAGGCCUAACACUUUUGCCAUUUUGAAAGCACUCUCAGUUCGCUUGAUCUUUCAUAUCGCCUCUACAAUCUCGACGCGAGCUAUCGACCGGGCUUUCCCAAGGCUCCAGGCCCAGGUACAGAAUCAUUUCCAGUUAUACCUGAUGCAAGGCAAGAAUUUAUCUAUCCUGGCUCAAUUAUACACUGAUGUUGCUACUUCUCAAGAAACGCAUUCGUAUGUUGCCGCAGAGGAUGGCUGGAACACUUUUGUUGGCGCUAUCCAAUUUGGUUCAUUAAUAGUAAGAGCGUGGAGCCAGUUCGCCGUUGUUGCCUCUUCCUCUGGUGCUAAGACUUCACGCGUCUUCGCUCUGCUGUGCUUCGUCAAACCAGUCAUCAAGACCUUAGCCGCGGAACCGAUGUGGCACAGAGAACCACACAUCGCUUACACAGAGAAUGAAUCCUAUAAGAGACUCUUUGCGUUGCGCACCAUGUCCUCAGAAGCUUAUCGAUCUGAGAUCGUUGGAGGAGAUUUAGCGAACUACAUAAUUGCUCAGUAUAAAAAAUCCCUUGAUGUGCUUGGGGAUUUGGCUUCGGAGACGUCUCUGUCCGCUCAUUAUCACAGACGGGUGACCUUGACUUCACCUCGCGACAUCAUUAAUCAACUGUUAGGUUUCUUUCCAACCAUAUAUUCCACAUUCUGUGCGAUCCUAGACCCCCAAUUUUCGAUGUCUUCGAUAGCAAUCAUGCAGCAGACAUCAGAAUCAUUUGAACGAUCAAUGGACUACCUCAUACUCAACGUUCGUUACUUUUCAGACGAAUGCCAGACAUUAAAGGAGUUAUACGAGGCGGGGAAGAUAAAAAAUCAACUCAAAGAAGGUACUGUCAACUAUCCUCGUUCAGAAGAGGAAAAGGCGAAGGGAAUGUCCUUCGAAAUUCGUGACUUAUCUUUUUCAUAUCCGGGUAGCCAGAGCGUCAAACCUGCGAUCUGCAAUCUAUCCCUGACUAUCAAAUCUGGUCAAUUGCGGGAAAUCCACGAUCCUCAAAAGUCCUCGCCCGUAUAUAUGACCCGACGUCACCCUGAAGAGUCGAUCCUUGUCGACGGUUUACCUAUAUCCCAUUAUCGCAUGGCCGACCUUCGACAGGCGAUGGCCAUGCUUACGCAGGAUCAUACAAUUUUUCCUAUAUCACUUGGAGAGAACAUUGGUCUCGGCUGUGUCGAGCAUGUAUCCGACGACACCAAGAUUUUAAAGGCGGCCGAGUUAGGUGGAGCCACACCAUGUCUGGAGAAGCUGGAAAGAGGGAAGGACACAGUCUUGACGCUGUUGCAAAGCCACCAUGCGUCCCACGUUCCCCCCGAAGCCGAUCACCCGUUGAGAAUUGAGCUAGAUAAGCUCGAUAAAAGUAUAGAGCUCUCUGGUGGUGAGCGGCAGCGAAUCGUCGCAUCCCGCACAUUCAUGCGCUUUGAAUCCGAAGCAUUGAAGUUCGUUGCAGUGGACGAGCCUAGUUCUGCAAUGGAUCCUGAGGCUGAAGCCGCCUUAUUCGAAAAUCUGCAAAACCAUCGGAGUGGCAAGACCAUGGUCUUUGUUACGCAUCGGUUCGGGCAUCUAACGAAGCAUGCUGAUCUUAUUGUGUGUAUGAAAGAUGGGUCUGUUGCUGAGGCUGGUACCCAUGGAGAGUUGAUAGCAAAAAACGGAGAGUAUGCGAAGCUGUAUAACAUCCAGGCUAGUGCCUUUGCCAAUGCUUCUUCUGUGGCUUCUUAA